AUGAAGAUGCUGGCGAGAAGUUAUGUCUGGUGGCCAGGCAUGGAAAAGUCGAUUGAGGACGUAGUGGCUUCUUGUUCUGCUUGUCAGUUAACUAGGAAUUCGGUACCUAAAGUACCGUUGCAGCAAUGGCCUACAACAUCAACUCGAUGGCAGAGGAUACACAUUGACUUUGCGGAGGAUCCAGAGUCGAGACAGCAACUUUUAGUUUUGAUUGACACAUACUCUAAAUGGUUAGAUGUAUUUAUCAUGAGUUCCAUGAAUUCUUCCAAGGUGAUUGAGAAACUCCGUACCUUGUUUUCAUCGUAUGGAUUGCCUGUCGAACUGGUGUCGGACAACGGAAGAUCUUUUACUAGUCAAGAGUUCAAAACCUUUUUGCAUAACAACAAUGUGAAGUUCACAUUAACUCCCCCGUAUCAUGCGGCUUCAAAUGGAUCUGCAGAGAGAAGUGUUCAGGAGGUCAAGAAAAACCUUUUGCGUCAAGUGAUUGAGGAACAUCAGCGUUCUCAGCGUACCACUCUUCAAAUGAAAUUAGAUAAUUUCUUGUUUGCGUACCGCAACACUCCAAAUACAGUUACUGGCUUAACCCCUGCAGAAAUGUUCCUGUCUUGGAAGCCUCGUACUCAGUUGGUUAUGUUAAAACCCAAUCUCCAGUCAUCCAUUCAUCAAAAACACAGGGAACAAAAAGAUGCAGCUGAUAGGCUUAGGGGAAGAAGCAGAUUUUUCUCAGAAGGUCAGGCAGUCUAUGUCAAAACUGUCCGAAAUGAAAAGAUAUCUUGGGUUCCUGGCAAAAUAAUUCUAAAGAGAAGUCCGGUCACCUAUCUGGUGAGUGUUAUUGGUGGAAAACCCCGAUUUUGUCAUGCGGAUCACUUGAGAGCUCGGUAUGCAGAAGAGGAGGAGAUUUUUGUAUCACCCAAGGAUCCCGUUGUAUCACCCCAAGCCUACUACCAGUCCCAGGGAGAGCCUAGGGCAAGCCCAGCCUCAGCCAACUCCUGCGUCGCCGCUAGCACAGUGCAGCCCACCACCCUCGCUGAGGAAGUCUGCACGGACUGUGCGAAAGCCUCACAGGCUGGACUUGAUGAUCCCACCGAGAGACAACCUAGACAGGCCAAAGAGGCGGAUCUACCAACUGAUGUGAUCGGAACUCGGGAUGUUGCUUCUCCGACGUCCAGUGCACCUGGUCAAGACACACAACCUACAACUCCUGACAUCUCACUCCACAAUGACCUCAACACAACAAAUGAAAAAGAAGCUGAAAUACCCAAGAGUUUGAUUUCUGUAGAAAGUGAAGAAAUUAUAAUUGAUAACAGUUUUACUGAUGUCGCAGAAUGUAUCUGGUCUCUUCUGUGA